GGAGCACCAGCGCACUCCUCUGCUGGAGCAAGCCCACCCCUCUCUCUACAGUAUGCAUGGUCGCCAGGGACUCCGCGGAGCGCUCUCGUCCCAGCAGUGUUCUUCUUCCCCGGCCGCAAACCAGCUACUCAAGAGCCGAGGGCAAUAACAACAACUGGAUGUUGCAGGCGGACGAGCGGAGGAGGAAAGCCCGGAGUCAUUGCAGGAGCACAGCCUUUCUACAGGAAUACUGCCUCUCUCUCAUUUGAACGUGGACAAUCAUGCAUGUGCUCUUCUGGGGCUUGGGGUUCCUACUAUUCCCUGAUUUCUUGAAUGUAGUUGCAUCUACGGGGAGACUGCUGUUGAAUUCAAGCACAGUAAAAGAAGAGAUCGGCGCGUAUGAGAUUGUAACACCGGUGCGGGUUAAUGAAGCCGGUGACAAGUUCCCAACCAGCGUGCACUUCAAGAGAAAAAGGCGAAGUGUGGCGACCGAGGAGGACGCCGGUAAUGCCACGGACCACUGGGCCUCGCCGAACAUCCACUACAGAAUCAGCGCGUUCGGACAGAGCUAUCACCUCAACCUGACGCUGGACUGGGGAUUUAUCGCACCUCUCUACACUGUGAGCGUCCUCGGGCUGAACCGAGGAGAUAACCACACACACACGGGUUUUGCAGAAGAUGCGGGGGCAGAAGAGGAGGAAGAAGAGGAGGAAGAAGAGGAUACGGAGUUAAGGCACUGUUUCUAUAGAGGACAUGUAAAUGCACAGGCGCAACACGCCGCGAUCAUCAGUUUGUGCUCCGGACUGCUUGGCACUUUCAGGUCUCCAGAUGGGGAGUACUUUGUGGAACCCCUACAUAGCUAUCAAGGGGAACACUACGAAGAGGAGCACACCAAACCUCAUAUCGUGUACAGGAAGCGUGCAGCCGAGAAACGCGAAUCCGAGGAAACCUCAGUGUGUGACACUUCAGGACACAAACACAGACAUAAGAGACACAAGCUGAAGAGAGGGCCGGCGGGGCCCGGGGUCGUCGCCGACGUCGCCGCCGUCUCCGACGCGGCCCCGGCGGUCAGCGCGGGGAUCCUCGGCGACCUGGAGUCUCUGACCGCCAGCCUGGCCGGCAAAGUUUCGCUCACAUCAGAGCGCAUCGGUGCUAGCACUCGACCGUCAAACGAUAGCAGCACUGACUCAGGACCUCACAGGAGAUCAAAGCGCUUCCUCUCCUACCCACGCUUUGUUGAAGUCAUGCUGGUGGCCGACAACAAAAUGGUGGAGCAUCACGGCAGCAACCUCCAGCACUACAUCCUCACACUCAUGUCUAUUGUUUCUUCCAUCUACAAGGACCCCAGCAUCGGCAACCUGAUUAAUGUAGUGAUAGUGAAAUUAGUGAUAAUAAACAACGAGCUGGAAGGUCCCGUCAUUUCAUUUAAUGCACAGACCACUUUAAAGAACUUCUGCAUCUGGCAGCAGAGCCAGAACAUACUGGACGAUAACCACCACGCACAUCAUGACACCGCCAUCCUCAUCACCAGGCAGGACAUCUGCAGAGCCAGGGAUAAGUGUGACACCUUGGGUCUGGCAGAGUUGGGCACGGUGUGCGAUCCGUACAGGAGCUGCAGCAUCAGCGAGGACAACGGACUCAGCACCGCCUUCACUAUCGCCCACGAGCUGGGCCAUGUGUUCAACAUGCCUCACGAUGACAGUAACAAGUGUAAGGAGGAUGGAGCUAAGAUACAACAACACGUGAUGGCUCCCACGCUUAAUUACAACACAAACCCUUGGAUGUGGUCCAAGUGUAGCAGGAAGUACAUCACAGAGUUCCUCGACACAGGAUAUGGUGAGUGCUUGCUCGACGAGCCCAUUUCUAGGCCGUACAGUCUCUCGCAGCAGCUGCCCGGGCGGGUAUACAAUGUCAAUCAACAGUGCGAAUUGAUAUUUGGCCCGGGGACGCAGGUGUGUCCUUAUAUGACUCAGUGCAGGAGGCUGUGGUGCACGAGUCCAGAGGGAGCCCAGCGCGGCUGCAGGACGCAGCACAUGCCAUGGGCAGAUGGCACUGACUGUUCCGACGGAAAGCACUGCAAGCACGGCCUGUGCAUCGUCAAAGAGCCUGACGCCACACCCGUGGAAGGAGCUUGGGGAGUCUGGAGUCCUUUCGGUACCUGUUCGCGGACAUGUGGUGGCGGAAUCAAGAUCGCUAUGCGCGAAUGCAACCGACCCGUGCCCCGCAACGGAGGAAUGUAUUGCGUCGGUCGGCGGAUGAAGUUCCGUUCCUGUAACUCUGAGCCGUGCUCCAAGCAGAAGAAGGACUUCAGGGAGGAGCAAUGCGCUGCCUUUGAUGGCAGGCACUUCAAUAUCAACGGUCUACCUCCUAAUGUUCGCUGGGUGCCCAAAUACAGCGGAAUUCUGAUGAAGGACAGGUGCAAGCUGUUCUGCAGGGUGGCGGGCAGCACGGCCUACUAUCAGCUCAGGGACAGGGUUAUCGAUGGCACGCCAUGCGGACCCGACACCAACGACAUCUGCGUGCAGGGCCUGUGCAGGCAAGCAGGCUGUGAUCACGUACUGAACUCUAAAGCCAGGAGGGACAAGUGUGGCGUGUGCGGAGGCGACAACUCGUCCUGCAAAACGGUAGCCAGCACCUUCAACAUUGUACGCUACGGCUAUAAUGAAGUAGUGCGAAUACCCAGUGGUGCUACAAACAUAGAUGUGCGUCAACACAGCUACUCAGGGAAACCAGAGGAUGACAACUACCUCGCCAUAUCAAAUAGCCGUGGUGAAUUCCUGCUUAAUGGAGAAUUUGUGGUCAGCAUGUUCAAAAGGGAAAUCAAAGUGGGAAAUGCCGUCAUUGAGUACAGUGGUUCUGACCAUGUCAUUGAGAGGAUCAACUGUACUGAUCGCAUUGAAGAGGAGAUCAUUGUCCAGGUGCUGUCUGUCGGGAACCUUUACAACGCAAAUGUCAGGUACUCCUUUAACAUUCCCAUAGAGGAUAAACCUCAGCAGUUCUUCUGGGAUGCUUAUGGGCCCUGGCAGGAGUGCAGCCGGCUGUGCCAAGGAGAGCGCAAGCGAAAGAUUCUCUGCAGCAGAGAAUCGGACAGGGUGGUGGUGUCAGACCAGCGGUGUCACGGCACAGCGAGGCCCACCGUCAUCACUGAGCCCUGCAACACUGACUGCGAAGUCAGAUGGCACGUAUCCCGCAAGAGUGAGUGCAAUGCCCAGUGUGGACUGGGAUAUCGCACUCUGGAAAUAUACUGCGCCAAAAACAGCCAUACGGACGGAAAGACGCAGAAGAUCGAUGACCGCUACUGUAGCAGUCUGCGCAAGCCUGACGACAAAGAAAGUUGCCAUGGAGACUGUAACCCGGGCGGCUGGGAUUAUUCGCCCUGGUCGGAGUGCUCCAAGAGCUGCGGAGGGGGAAGCCGGCGCCGAGCAGCAGUUUGUCGGAAGACAGGUGAUGCUGGUGCAGAUGAGAGCAAAUGCAGUCAGAGGGACAAGCUGACCACCCAACCCUGCAAUGAAUUCCUUUGUCCACAGUGGAAGACUGGCGACUGGUCUGAGUGUCUGGUAACAUGCGGGAAAGGCUACAAGCACCGUCAGACGUGGUGUCAGUUUGGUGAGGACCGUCUGGAUGACCGCUUUUGUGGCUCAUCCAAGCCUGAGUCGGUGCAGACGUGCCAGCAGCAAGAGUGUGCCUCUUGGCAAGUGGGACCAUGGGGACAGUGCACUACCUCUUGUGGGCCAGGCUACCAGAUGCGAGCGGUGAAAUGCGUGGUGGGCUCGUACGGCUCUGUCAUGGACGACACUGAAUGUAACGCUGCCACCCGACCUACUGAUACACAGGACUGUGAAAUGGCCCAGUGUCCCAGCAGCCACCCUAUUCCCCCAGGAACCAAAGGCCCUUCUCACCAGGGCCACAAAACCCAGUGGCGGUUCGGUUCCUGGACUCAGUGUAGUGCCAGCUGUGGCAAGGGGACGCGGAUGCGCUAUGUGAGUUGCCGGGACAACCAAGGUGGCGUGGCAGAGGAGGCGGCGUGCGCUCACCUGCCAAAACCUCCCGCCAGGGAAGUGUGUUCAGUAGGAGCCUGUGGACAGUGGAAAGUACUGGAAUGGACAGUGUGCUCAGUGACCUGCGGACAGGGAACGACCACGCGACAGGUUCUGUGCGUUGAUUUCAGCGAGCAGGAAGUGAAUGAGAGUGAGUGUGACCAAGACGAUCGUCCUACCACAGAGCAGGACUGCGCCAUGUCUCAGUGCCCGUCCCGUUCCAGUGAUUCCCGACCGUUGCCAUCCUCGCCAAACAUCAGCACCAGGAACAACCUGCCUCGCAGUCAAUCCCACCAAUGGCGGACCGGACCUUGGGGCGCGUGCUCCAGCACGUGUGCAGGAGGCUUCCAGCGGCGCGUAGUAGUGUGCCAGGAUGAGAAUGGUUACCCUGCCAACAGCUGUGAGGAUCGCAGCCGACCCCAUGAGCAGCGAUCCUGCGAGUCAGGGCCGUGUCCACAGUGGAUCUACGGCAGCUGGGGAGAGUGCACGAAGCCAUGCGGAGGUGGGAUAAAGACCAGGCUAGUGGUGUGUCAGCGCCCAAAUGGCGAGCGCUUCAAUGAUCUGAGCUGCGAGAUCCACGACAAGCCACCAGAUCAAGAGCAGUGCAAUACUCAGCCGUGCCCUUCUAACCCCCACUGGAGCACAGACCCAUGGAGCUCGGUACGCUCGUAAAAAAUACUCUAUAUUUUUAUGUUUCAAGCUGACAUAUUUCCAAGUACCAGCAAGUGCUUACUCUUUCACAAACGGUUCUUAAAGGGGCAGGAUAACUGUGGUGCUUCUGCAUUGAGAUAUUACACUCCUAAUUUUAAAACCCUCCACUUCCUGCCCCUUCUUUGGUGCCUACGAUUGUUCAAUGUUUCUUCAGUUUUUCUGUUGCACUUGAACGGCAAAGAUACACUCACUUCCAAUAUACCAAAAGACGUUCAACAUAAAAAAAAAGAGUUCAGUGACAGCUGUGACCAUAAGAAUAAAGAACAUUUUUGUCAUUUAUAGUUACCAUAAAAAUGUUGUUGAGCCUUGUAUUAGUUUUUUUUUUAAAUUCAGGAUCAGUUUGUAUCACAAUCAGUUAGGUCUGUAAAGUACUGUUUUUAAAGAUAAUUUAUUAAGAUUUUUUUUGUUUCCUUUUUAUCUCAUGUAUAUAGCAUUAACUUUAAAAAAGUGAUUUAUUUUGUGUCUUAGCUCUUUGUAUUCGCACAUUUAGCCAAUCACUGUUCAUAUGCAAAUACCGAUGAAUGUUUUUGUAUAUCCGGAAUAUACAGUACGAAGCCUUGUUCUUUUUUUUAUCCAAAGAAUGACCUAGUCUUCAAAUAUUAGGUGCAAGACAACAUAUCCCAAGUACCGUAAGGAAAUGAAAAGUACCAGCUUGCAUAGGAAGUUAUCUGGGCUGUCUACUGUGCAUAUAUCUUGGUUCCAAACUCAUCUCUGACAUGGCUAUUGUAUCAAGAAUUCAGUUUGUCUCAAGACACAUGUGGUUUGUAGAGAAGUUACUAAUCUUCUGUAGACACUUCAUUUUACAGUUUGUGUUUUCCUCCUGCCAUGAAACCAAGGGAGGUAUUGACACGGAGGCAGACGUGAAAGCGCCAUGGUGCCUGAGAUGUCAGUUUUUAAUACUUAAACACCAACUUACAACUGUUGCACAAGCACUGUGAAAUAAAGUGUCUCAUUGAAUUUGUGGUAGUUAGCAUUAAUAGCCAUUAUAUUCCAGUUUGGUGGAGAGGUUUGCCCCAUAUUUCCUUACUGGGGCCAAAACAAUAGUUUUAAAGCUCUCUACUUCAAUGGUGCUUGAUACACGUGUAUUUAUAUGUGUUAGUUGAUGUUUGCUUUGUACAGUAAGUACUAGGAGUUGCUGAACAUGUUAUGCUAUGCUAUGCUUAAUAAUACCUCACUUGGAACAAACACAACUCAACUAGCCAUUAAACAAGGAUAACUACACUUCAGUGGUGCUUUGGCCAAAUAAGGGAGAUACAAGAUAUAAAUAUUAACGCUAACCACCGCAUUCGUGGUUAGUUAGGUGUUUCUUGUGGCACAUUGCUUUUUGAUGUUGCCUCCUCUGUAAUUUUUAUUUCUUUCCAUGAGCAGUUUGUCCACUGAUCAGAUUGAUCAGCAAAAUGCAAAGUGUAUCACAGAUUUGAUAAAUUGAUUUUGAAUUGUCUUUGAUUGUCCAUCAAAUGACUUGCUGAACCAUUAAGAGAAUGGGCUGUUAAUUGUCGUACUUUUAAUAUGUGUUACCUGUGACCACAGGGGAAUGGUGUUUUGUAUAAAGAGCUCUUUUUCUGAGCCAACCUAAUGUGUCUACCUCAGUUUCUGUUAUGAUUGCCCCCUGCCGUAUCUUUCUUUCCCUUGCACAGAAGGGAUUUUGGCUGGCUAAGAUUAAGCAUGAGUUGUUGAGGCUAUCCAGUGCAGUGUCUGACCCUAAACACAGAUCUGAGGAGUGUGUCAUCUCCCACCUUUCUAUGCUUAACAUCUCUUUGGAACACAGUGGAAACUGAUCCAGAAUCUGUGCUUAGGGGCAACUGUGCCUGCAGCUCACCUAGUUGACUCCUGGUUAUAAAUGUGUACUGACAUCACACCUUAUUUUAAGGGCCUGUUAACACAGCAGUAAGUACAACUUUUCAUCAGCUUUUAACUAUUGCUUGUAAUUACUCCCAUGUGUGAUGGUAAUGCUUCAUAAAAUGCAGCCUCGGUUAAAUCAGUGACAGACAAACACUAUUAAAUCACAGUUCACCCAGUGUUCAGUUCAUUUUCAUUUCUCAGUCUGAGCAGUUUGACCGCUUAUGGUCAACCUCCACAUGCAAAUAGCAGUAUUGCACAAACAAACAUAUCAACAGGCUCUUGAAAUAAGUUUAUUGUAUGUUUCUUACCCACAAAUGGCAGUAUUAGUCUGUUUCAAGAAUAUUUCUGUAUAUUUAUGUAAUUACUUGUAUUUAUUGUUCAUUCAUUAUAAUGUUAUGUCAAUAUUUAAUUUUUUAUGGAUUUGUUGGAUUUCUGUUCAUUUCCAGAAAAGGUUAUGAUUAAAGAAG